UAGCCUCUUCUCCCCUGCGUGAGCCGCCGCCUCCGUCCCACCAGCACCAGGUGCCCGUCUCCGCCGGAUUCGCCGCACACCAGGCUGUCCUCUCCGGAACCCUAGUCGACCGCUGCUUGUCCCAGCCUGAUCCGCCGCGCAGGAGGCAGUCUCCCUGACCUCGGGCACGAGCGCUGCGUUCCCGUGCCCGCCCGCCGCCGGAUCCCCUACCGAGAGCGCGCGCCUUCGCUGGCGCAGGAGGCCUCCACCGCGCUCGCAAGCCUCCCCAAUUGACGGAGCCCUUCCUCGACCUCGACGGCCGUCCCCCCUCCGCGCGCGCCCGACCUUAAGCAUCAUGGCAAAGGUAGAGGCUCGUGUGGAGACGGUCAAAUCAAUGGUCAUUGUUGCAGAGAUUGAAGGUCCUGGAUACUGCAGUGGGUUUGUCGCAUUCACUGAAAAGCAAUAUGGUACCCAUAUUGUAACUGAUGAUAAUUUUGUCAAGGGACGUGAGCGCAGCUUAAAGGUUUUCUUUUUUGACAACACUGUGCUGCGAGCAUCAAUUAUUCACAGAGGGGGCGGUUUUUGUUCCCUGAGGACAAAGUUUCAUUCCACAUGUGAGCAAAUUCAGUUGAUCAAAGGGAAUACUAUCCCCUCACCUGCGCUCCUCUUCCCACCAUCCUCAUCAACUACUUUCUAUCAUCUUCCGAGUUUUGUUACUCUGGAAUCUGCCGAGUCAUAUCCUCUCAACCUCGAAUCCACUCGCAUUCUUCCCACUGAUCAGGUUCCUACUUUAGCACGCAUGUUCGUGGUAGAUUGCCACUACACUGAAGAAACCUCUGACCGUGUUGACAGGUUAUCUUCUGCUCCAGUAUAUACCUUGAGCGGAAGCGUUGUGGGCAUAGUCGUAGGACGUUUCCGUGACUCUACUUGGAAGAAGCUAGCAUUGUCUGCAAAACAUGUCUCGACAUUGAUAGAUUCACUCAUUGCAGUAUCUAGAAACAAGAAAACAAGAGAUGGAAAUGGCAGUUCUGGAAACAAGGAAAAGAGAGAUGGAGAUGGCAGUUAUAAGGAUGAGUUUGCUGGUAACAAGAGAAGCAAGGGUGGAGAUGGCAAUUACAAGAAGUUGGCUGGAAACAAGAACAGCUCUAACAGCAGUUCCAAGGACAAGGCGAAUAAGGGGGCUUGGCACAAGAGCAGUUUCAAGGGCAAGUUGGGUGGAUGUGAGACCAGUUGCAAUGUGAAGACAAGGGGGAGAAGAGCUGGAGACAAGGGUAAGAAGUCGGAUGCUAGCAAAUGGUAAGAGCGUUAAUGGAAGAAACGAGUGUUGCCUUUGCUUUUUAGAAUGUCUGUUCUUGCUGAUUGGUAGCAUUCCACUCAGAACAUUUGACAUCUUGAGCAUCUGCAACGAUUUUCUGUUACAAAAUGACUGAAGAUCAUUAGAGGUGUAUGUUUGAUAGUGUUGUGUAAGCAAGUUUAAUCCCUUUGUAAUAAUUCAUGUUCUCUCUCGGUCGCUCUACUUCUGGUAGGUAGCUACUAGAUUUCUGAAUAUCUCUGAUGUUCUUUGAGAUUAGCCGGCUGGUAGCUGUGAGCAGGCGACAGUUUUGAAUUGAUUGAAUCGCAUUGCACAAUUUAUCGAAGUGAUUCACGUCCUUCUGAAUUU